AUAAAAUUAAAACAAAUUAACUCGCCAAACGGAGAAGGAAAGAACGAGAGGCGAAAGGGGCGCGAUUCAAGAUGGCAUCGACCGCCUCCAUUACCAUAACUCGAUCUGCCAUGAUACCUCGGCAUUUCGCGUUCUAGGAUUUCCUUCUCUUCUCUGGAUCCCAUCGGAAUCGUAGAUUUUGAUCGAUGGCUGACGCCUCCGCUACCCGCCGCCUGCGCGAGCUCCAGGCGCAGCCGGGGAACAGGACGUGCGUCGACUGCGCGCAGAAGAACCCGCAGUGGGCCUCCGUAUCCUACGGCGUCUUCAUGUGCCUCGAAUGCUCCGGGAAGCACCGGGGCCUCGGCGUCCACAUUAGCUUCGUCCGAUCGGUCACGAUGGACGCCUGGUCCGAGGUCCAGCUCAAGAAGAUGGAGGCCGGAGGAAAUGAUCGCCUCAACGCUUUCCUUGGCCAGUACGGCGUCCCCAAAGAGACGGACAUCGUCGUCAAGUAUAAUACGGGGGCCGCCGGCGUGUAUCGCGAGCGGAUCCAGGCCCUCGCAGAUGGCCGAUCAUGGCGUGAUCCGCCCGUCGUCAAGGAAACGCUUGGUUCGGGGGCGAAGAAACCUCCCUUGGCACCAGGCGCUAGCAAAGGUGGCUACUUGAUGGGUGACGGCGGUUGGGAUAGUUGGGACAGCGAGGAAUUGACAUCCUCGUCCGAUAUCCGGAGGAACCAAUCGGUGGGUGAUUUUAGGACGGGAAGAGGAGAAGAAAGAGGGGUGCAACCGCCCUCCAGAUCCAGGUCAACGGAGAACAUCUAUUCCAAAGGGCAAUUGGAAGCAUCCGCCGCCAACAAGGAGGGCUUUUUCUCGAGGAAGAUGUCCGAAAAUGCUUCUCGUCCUGAGGGAAUUCCUCCAUCUCAGGGAGGAAAAUAUGUUGGUUUUGGUUCAACGCCACCACCUUCUGCUCCGAAGAAUAACCCUCCUGGUGAUCUUCUCCAGGAUACUGUUUCCAUUGUUUCUCAGGGUUUUGGUCGACUAUCGCUUAUAGCUACCUCUGCAGCACAGUCAGCUGCCAAUGCAGUACAAACAGGCACGAAGGAUCUAGCAUCCAAGGUAGUUGAGGGAGGUUACGAUCAGAAAGUCAAUGUGGUGGCCACAAAAACCACCGAAAUAGGGCAGAGGACAUGGGGGAUAAUGAGGGGUGUGAUGGCGUUGGCAACACAAAAAGUUGAAGAAUACUCUAAAGAAGGGAUCAAUUGGAAGGGGGAUGAUUGGCCAUGGAAGGAGAGAGAGAAUGUUGGUAGUAAUCAAGAGUCUGGACAGGUUAGCAGGUACCAGAAUACUUCUGAAGAUAAUGCAAGCAGACGUAACAAUUCCACCAGUUCCUGGGAUGAUUGGGAUGACAACGAAAAGAAGGAAGAGCAUGGAAAGGAGAAAAAGAGCAACGAAGGCUGGGCUGGCUGGGAUGACGACAGAGACGACGAUAGCUAUGAAAGUUACAAUCACAGCUCAUCGAAUGACACUACAACUCAGGGCACAAAAUCUGGUUCUGGAUGGUUCGAAGGUGGCUUCCACUGAUUCCAGUAGCUUUUCUACACCUUCAUUUAGCAUCAAAAAUGAGUGUUGGGUAAUGCAGGUUUGUAUUUUUGAUUACUUGGGUAUAUCCCAGUAGUCGCAUCCAAGAAGGAUCAUCUACACCUUUUUUUCUUCUAUAUUUUUUGCAAGGAUAGUAAUUCAUUGUGUCCACAAUUAACGAAUUUGUUUUCUGACGCUUAUUUUGCACCUUGAUUGUUAGUUAAUUUGUACUUCAUGCACA